GGUGGUGGUGGUGACGAGGUGGAGGGCGAGUGGGCGAGAAGUGGGGCGAGCGGUGGGUCACAGGCGAGCAUAGGAGGGAGGGAGAGAGGAGGAGGAGGAGACGAGGUGGGGUAGCGGUCGAGAAGGUUUGACAGGGGAGGAGGCAACGCAGACGCGGGUUGACGAGUGGGUGACGAGGGUAGGAGGAGGUGGAGGAUGAUGGGGUGGUAAGGGGGGAGGUGGUGACGUGACGAGGUGACAGGAGGAGCUGACGAGGUGGAGGAAGAGGAGGCGGCGCCUCUUCGUCUCCGUGGCUCCAUGGCGGCAGACGACGGCAGCGUCCGGGUCAGCCUGAGGAUUCGUCCCCAGCUGGCCAAGGAGAAGAUCGAGGGAUGCCACAUCUGCACGUACUUGACCCCCGGCGAGCCCCAGGUGGUGUUGGGCAAGGACAAGGCCUUCACGUUCGACUACGUCCUGGACAUGAACUCGACGCAGCAGGAGAUGUACGCGUGCUGCGUACAGCAGCUCAUCGAGGGCUGCUUGGAGGGCUACAACGCCACCGUGUUCGCCUACGGCCAGACGGGCUCGGGCAAGACGUACACGAUGGGCACGGGCUUCGACGUGGCGGUGCAGGAGGAGGAGCACGGCAUCAUCCCCCGCGCCGUCGCCCACCUCUACGCCGGCAUCGAGCAGCGCCGCCAGGAGGCCCUGCAAAACAACCUUCCACCGCCCGACUUCAAGAUCAGCGCCCAGUUCCUCGAGCUGUACAACGAGGAGGUGCUGGACCUGUUUGACGGGACGCGAGACGUCGAGUCCCGCAACCGCAAGUCCAGCAUCAAGAUCCACGAGGACGCGGCGGGCAGCAUCUACACAGUGGGCGUGACCACGCGCGCCGUCGCCACGGAGGAAGAGAUGAUCCAGUGCCUGAAGCUAGGCGCCCUGUCGCGCACAACCGCCAGCACGCAGAUGAAUGUGCAGAGCUCUCGCUCGCACGCCAUUUUCACCGUGCACAUCUGCCAACAGCGUGUGUGCCGCUCCAAACCACAGGACGCGGAGGAAUACAGCAACAGCGUGGAGGCCUCCUCCUCUGCCCCCAUGAACGAGCUCGAGGUGCUCACCGCAAAGUUCCACUUUGUGGACCUGGCGGGCUCCGAGCGCCUCAAGCGCACGGGCGCGACGGGGGACCGCGCCAAAGAGGGCAUCUCCAUCAACUGCGGCCUGCUGGCGCUGGGAAACGUGAUCAGCGCGCUGGGCGACCAGAGCAAGAAGGCGACGCACGUUCCGUACCGCGACUCGAAGCUCACACGCCUGCUACAGGACUCUCUCGGGGGAAACAGCCGAACGCUUAUGAUCGCGUGCGUGAGCCCAUCCGACCGGGACUUCAUGGAGACGCUGAACACCCUGAAGUACGCGAACCGCGCGCGCAACAUCAAGAACCGCGUGAUGGUGAACCAGGACAAGACGAGCCAGCAGAUCGGCGCGCUGCGCGCCGAGAUCGCACGCAUCCAGAUGGAGCUCAUGGAGUACAAAACGGGCAAGCGCCUGGUCGGGGAGGACGGCGUGGAGAGCCUCAACGACAUGGUGCAGGAGAACGCCAUGCUGCAGGCGGAGAACGGGAACCUGCGCAUGCGCAUCAAGGCCAUGCAGGAGACGAUCGACGCCCUCAACGCGCGCAUUGCCCACGUGCUCACGCAGCACGCCAGCCAUGCGCUGGCCGGUGCAGGUGACGGCAGCGAGGAAAUUGGGUCCAUGAUCCAGAGCUACAUCAAGGAGAUAGAGGACCUCAGGGCCAAGCUCCUGGAGAGCGAGGCAAUGAAUGGCUCGCUGCGCCGGGAGCUGACCCGCGUGUCCACCUCGCGCUCGCCCAUGUUCGGCGGAGCCGCGUCGCCCGCUGCCUCCCUGGGGGCCCCCUCGGGGGCCGUGGCGAGGCCCUACGGAGUGACGCCCGACCGGGAGAUGCAGGAGGUCCUGGAGGUGGCUCGCAAAGACCUGGAGAAGCUCAAGAAGAAGGAGAAGAAGCAGAGGAAGAUCAGGCUAAAGAAGGAAGGAAGACACGGCCGUCUGUCGGCGCGGAGCCUGGAGAAGCGAGGCGACGCGGGCGACACGGAGAAACGGGAAGGCGAGCACGACGAGAGGACGCGUGACAACCGCGAGGCGGAGGAGGAGGCGGAGGAGAGCGAUCAUGAGAACGGGGAGAAGGAGGAGGCGGAGGAGGAAGAGGAGGAGGACCUGGACUCCAGCGACAGCUCCGAUGAGUCUGACUCGGAGCUGGAAGAGAAAGCCAACUACCAGGCGGACCUGGCGGACAUCACGUGCGAGAUCGCCAUCAAGCAGAAGCUGAUCGACGAGCUGGAGAACAGCCAGCGCCGGCUGCACACGCUCAAGCAGCAGUACGAGGAGAAGCUCUCGACGCUGCAGAACAAGAUCCGCAACACGCAGCUCGAGCGCGACCGCGUGCUGCACAACCUGGGCUCCAUGGAGAGCCACACGGAGGACAAGGCCAACAAGGUGCGCGUGGAGUACGAGAAGCGGCUGCAGGUCAUGAACAAGGAGCUGCAGAAGCUCCAUGUGGCGCAGAAGGAGCACGCGCGCAUGCUCAAGAACCAGUCGCAGUACGAGCGCCAGCUCAAGAAGCUCCAGCAGGAGGUGGCCGAGAUGAAGAAGACAAAGGUACGGCUGAUGAAGCAGAUGCGGGAGGAGCAGGAGAAGACCCGCGCGGUGGAGAUGAGGCGCAACAGGGAGAUCGCGCAGCUCAAGAAGGACCAGCGCAAGCAGGAGUAUCACAUCAAAUCUCUGGAGGCCCAGAAGCGACAGCAGGACCUCAUCCUGCGGAGGAAAACCGAGGAGGUGACGGCGCUACGGCGGAUCGCCAAGCCGGUCUCCGGCAAGGUGAGCCGGCGUCUUCACGUGGUGGGCGACUCUGGGGUGGACGUCUCGGCCACCACGGGCUCCUCCGACCAGGACGCCGCCGCCGCCGCCGCCGCCACGGCACCGUCGCGGGGCCGCGUGCUCAGCGCGCGGCAGCAAACGGCCACCGCCAGCGCAGCCUCCGCCACGGCGAGCAGCAGGAAGAAGCACUUGCGCAAGGGCGUGAGCAGUUACUCGUCGCGCUCGGCGCGCGUCAAGUGGCAGACUCUGGAGCGGCGCAUCACCGACGUCGUCAUGCGCAAGAUGACCAUCACCAACAUGGAGGCCGACAUGAACCGGCUGCUCAAGCAACGCGAGGAGCUGACGCGGCAGUGGGACCGGCUGAGCCGGCGACGCGAUCGGCUGCUCGAGGCCGGCCCCGAGGACGCGCAGAUGCUGGCGACGUUGGGCGAGGACCUGGAGAACCUGACGGCGAACAUCGACUACAUCAACGAGAGCAUCUCGGACUGCCAGGCCAACAUCAUGCAGAUGGAGGAGGCCAAGGAGGACGAGAGCGAGAACACGAACACGGUCGCCAUCAUCGGCUCGUGCUCGCUCACGGAGGCGCGGUACCUGCUGGAGCACUUCCUCUCCAUCACCAUCAGCAAGGGCUUGCUGGCGGCGCAGAACGAGUCUCAGGUGAAGGUGCUGGAAGGGAAGCUGAAGCAGACGGAGAUCAACAGCUUCACGCAGAGCCAGCUGCUCUUUCACAUGCUCAAGGAGAAAGCCGAGGUGAACCCCGAACUGGAGGCGCUGCUGGGGAACGCGCUGCAAGAGCUGCGUAACUUAGACUUGGAUGCGGAGGACAGCAGCGAGGACGAGUUGGUGCAUCCCACCGCGGGCACGGCUGUACUGCAGGGCUUGGAGACGUCCAGAGGCAGCGCUCCGGGCGAGGGCAAACCCAGAGACAAGGCUCGGCGGCGGGCAGCCACGCAGAAGGACAUGCUGUACGCUGGCAGCGAGUGCCCCGCGCCCUCGCUCGCCCCGGACGCGGCGGUGGCGCCGGGAGGGACGGGCGUGGCGGCGGCGCGGACCGGCAGCGGCGGCGCCCUCGCGCUGCUGCUGCCCGUGGUGGAGCUGCAGGAGAACGGCGACGAGCCGCGUGGCCCGCACGUCGCCAGCCCCUCCGGCAACGCCGGCGCCGCAUGGGAGGCCUCGUGCCAGUCCCCGCGACAGGGGAACGGCCACAGCAGCAGAACGCCGUCCAGUGGCUCGGAGAGGAGGAGCACCGAGCCGUCGCCGCUCCUCGGCAGGCGCAAGACGCUUGACAAGAACGCCGACCGAGCCAAGCGCGACCAGAAGCAGUCCGACUCGGGAACGUCGGAGGCGAGCAUCACUCCGCCGCCGUCACCCCCGCCUCGUGCGCGCACCGACAAGAACGUCUUUUCGCGGCUGACGAGCGCCCAGGCGCCGUCCUCGCCCGCGCACGACAAGUCAGAUGACAGUGACUCUUCCUACCCAGAGUUCCGCAGGGGCGUCAUCAACCCGUACAGCGGCACCGGGCGUGGGAACCGCUCGCAAGCGCUGCAGUGCCUGCACGUGGCCGAGGGGCACACCAAGGCCGUGCUGUGCCUAGACGCUACCGACGACCUCCUCUUCACCGGCGCCAAGGACCGCACGUGCAAGGUGUGGAACCUGGUGACGGGUCAGGAAAUCAUGUCGCUGGGCGGCCACCCCAACAACGUGGUGUCCGUCAAGUACUGCGGCGACUCGGGCCUCGUGUUCACCGUCUCCAUGUCGUACGUCAAGGUGUGGGACAUCCGCGACUCGGCCAAGUGCAUCCGCACGCUCACGUCAUCGGGACAGGUCACCAUGGGAGACCAGUGCGCCAGUGUGUCGAAUCGCACGGUCACCUUCCCGGCCGGCGAGAGUCAGAUCAACCAGAUCAUGCUCAGCCACAAUGGCGCCUUCCUCUACGCCGCCGCGAGCAACUUCGUGCGCAUGUGGGACCUCAAACGGUUCCAGUCGACGGGGAAGCUGAGCGGACACACAGGCCCCGUCAUGACCCUCACCGUGGACUAUAACGCCGACAGCACGAGCAAAGUGAUCACCGGCUCCAAGGACCACUACAUCCGGGUCUUCGAAGUGUCGGAGGGAGCGCUGGGCACGGUUGGACCGACACGGAGCAUGGAGCCGCCGCACUAUGACGGAAUCGAGUCGCUCGCCGUCAUCGGGGACGUCCUCUUCAGCGGCUCCCGCGACAACGGAAUCAAGAAGUGGGACCUCAACAAGCAGGAGCUCCUGCAGCAAAUCCCGAACGCGCACAAGGACUGGGUGUGCGCGCUGGGCGCGGUGCCGGGCCAGCCGGUGCUGCUGAGCGCGUGCCGUGCCGGCGUGCUCAAGCUGUGGAACGUGGAACCGUUCGCGCUGCGCGCCGAGCUGCGCGGCCACGACAGCCCCAUCAAUGCCAUCUGCACCAACUCCUCCUCCAUCUUCACCGCCUCCAAUGACCGCACGGUGCGGAUGUGGAGAGCUCGCGUGGCGCUGGACUCCCACAGCAACGAGGGCGCAGACGCGGCAGAGGAGGGCGGCGGCAGCUAGAACCCCGCACGCAGGCAUGCACGCGUGUAUACACACGCACGUGCACACGUAUAUACACACGCACGUGCACACGUAUACACAUACAUGCGCAUGUGUACACAUGUGUACACAUGCACGUUUACAUGCAUAUGCUCACACACACGUGGCCCCAAGGGCUGCAAAUGUCAAGUGACCAACAACAGAGCACUAUGUGCACACACGCACAGACUUGCGCACAUACAUACAAAGUUCCCCCAUAUAGCCUUAACUAUCUGUUGGGGAAAGUGGCCGGCACAGUACGAGGGGGUGGGUGGCCAGCACCACGCCCAGCCGUCUUUGCCUUCCCAAUGGCGAUGUUUUCACACAAAGUACUCAUUUGAGACUGAGUCAACCUCGGGCAGGCUCAGAACUGUUUCAGAUAAUCAUCACUGUUGUUGGCCAUGAGCAGAAAUCUAACUCAGGUCGCCGGGCUUGUAACGCAGUGCACUAACGGUUCCGCUACUGCUCUCCACAUACACACUCAAGGCAAGUGAUGUUGAGCACACAGGUAUAUACAGAUAUAUAUGCAUGCACGCACACUCAAACAUACAAUAAUGUGCACACACACAUAUAUCAAGACACAUUUACACAAGCACGUCACCCUGGUACGAGCCACACCACUCGUCGCCCGCGUGGGGCGAGGUGGCCGGCUGGCACCGCCGGGCUCCGCAGCCCCGAGCGCCGCAGCCGCGCCGAGAAAACUGGAAACCCCCCUGCACUCUCUGCUGCUAACUCCGUGAGCCAGCCCGCAGAGCUACGUCCUGCGAGUCGUUACUUCGCUUCCCAUUUGCUGCUAAGUGACCCCGUGUCGCGCCUGGUCCUGCAGAGCCACGUCCAGCGCUCGGAGUGUCCUGCCAAGGUGUCCACGCGUGACAUCGUCGAUCGGCCUUAGGGCUCGUCCGUCCCCACGAGCCCAGACGUAGGCGUCUCACUUGUCGGUGCCACCCGGGGUAGCAGAACUUUCGUGGUUUCAGUUCCUGUGUGGCCAUUAACGGUGAGUAAAAGUAUUCCUUACACAACCCAUCGGCCGCACGACCUUCCGGGAUUGCUGAAGUGUCGCACUCCCAGAAGGCAGCGCAGCUUACCAAAGAGUUCACUUGUGUUGUCCGUUGGGAGUGAAUUGGAAGGACCAGAGUUUUGCCACCUCAGGGCAGGCGAGACAAGAAUUGUGAGUGCCGCGCUUGAACCGUGGUUGAACCCACGAACGACAUUUCACCGUGCGUUUCGCUGUGUUUUGAGUUGCGCACCGCCUUAGCGUUUGUUGUGCUGGAAGUUGUUUUUUUGCGAGUUUGCAUGGUUGCCGACACGCUUGCGCGGCCGGCAUCGUGUCGCACCUGUGACUACACGCGGCCUUGCGCUCGUUGCGAACCGGCCAGUGUCCACCCCCUGUCAGUGUUGACCUGCCCCCAGUGCACUGUUGGCAUAGGAAUUUCUAGGCCCUACUCUCCCUGCGAUUUCAGAUGUCCGUGUGCCUGUGUAAUCCAGGGCUUUAUUUUCUCGUGGCAUUAUUGUCCGUGCAUGCCUACUGGAUUAGGCAGGCACGAGACUCACAGCCAGAGCAAGAAGUAAUAUGCUGGAUUUGUGAAUGAGCCCUGCUGCUGCACGGGUGCGAGCGUGGCGGCAGUUGUGUGCGGAGACUUGAAUGUGAGCAGCGUGUGGAAGCUUUGUUUUAUUUAAAAGGACCGUGUUCCCUCCGCUUCAGGUUUCCCUUGCUCCCUAGGUGUGUAUUUAUUUGAGGGUUCUAACGUAAAUGAUUGUGUAGCCGUUUGUUUUUAGUUGUAAAUAAUAAUCCGCAGUCUGUUUAAAAUAAAUGUUGAGCUGCACGAUGA